AUGCAUGGAGGAGAGAUUAGGUGUGGGCCGAAAUCGUUCUCCGAAUUCAAUAAAACGACUUUAGAUCGCGCUCGAAAAUGUGUGCUCGAAGAUUAUCAUCCAUACUAUGACGGAUGUAGUGAAAUGUGCGUUGAAGAUCGUUAUCUUCUACCACUAUCUCACCACCAACACUUGGAGAAGGUAGUCUAUGGACAGAUCUUCCCAAUCUUGGUACUUCUUGCUGUUCUUGCCAAUGUUACUGUAGCACUGGUGCUAUCGAGAAAGAAUAUGGUAUCUCCGACGAAUGUUGUAUUGAAAUACAUGGCAAUUGCUGAAUUACUGGUUGGCAUUGUGCCUCUUCCAUGGACAAUUUUCUUCUACACAAUGGGGUUAGUUGUAUUAUUCCCACAUAAGAAUGAUGAAAAGAUUUGUGGAAAGUGA